UGUCCCGCUGCUGAUGCGUCUCCAUCCGUCCGCCCGGAGGUGAAAGUGCGCAAAGAGGAGCGCAGGCUGUGCGUAAAUCCAUCAGCGCUUCCGUCCGCCUGUCUGCAUGCGCGCUCCCGCCUGCCAGGUGUUCGGGUGCGCGCAGGCUGCCCGUUAAAGCGCUCUCGUGCAGAGGCGAAGCUCGUCUGAGCGCAGGUGUCACGCGGAGCCACGAGGGAAUAACCAGCACAGAUAGAUUAAUAUAAAUGCUACAAUGAUGGAUCCGUGGAGCCCGGUGCGCCAGACGCGGCUGAUCGUACUACUUGUGACUUUUUUGCACACCUCCAGAGCAGCCAAUCCCAUCGAUGUCUUGAAGAUCUUGGAACUGUCAGAGGACAUGGAGGGAGUUUCGCUGGAGGCGGGACUGUGCACUUCCAGGAAGGGGCGCGAAGAGACGGACCUCUCUUUUAAAAUUGGCAAAAAGAUUCAACUGAGCGCGCCCACAAAGCAGCUCUUCCCUGAUUCCCCUUUCCCUGUGAAUUUCUCAGUGAUGACCACAGUGCGAGCUGUAAAAGGCUCGCAGGUGUUUUUACUCUCGCUGUACGACUCUCAGGGCACGCAGCAGCUGGGUGUAGAAGUCGGGCGAUCUCCAGUUUUCUUGUACGAGGACCACGAGGGUCAGCCACCGCCGGAGCUUUACCCCACCUUCAGGAAGAUCAACCUGGCUGAUGGCAAGUGGCACAGGGUGGCCUACAGUGUGGAGGGACAGUCAGUCACUCUCUACCUGGACUGUGAGAAGCUGGACACCCUGGACCUGCUCAGAGGUCACGACCCCCACGUCAGCACGGAGGGAGUUACCGUGUUCGGGACGCGUCUGCUGGACGAAGACGUGUUUGAGGGAGAAAUCCAGCAGCUGCUGGUUGUUGACGACCCCCGGGCUGCAGAGACCUACUGUCAAGACUACAUCCCAGACUGCGACUCGCCUUUACCUUACGACAGCAUUCUGACGGAGGCCGAAGAGGUGGAGAGAGCGCCGAAGAAACACGUUUUUGAAGAGUUUGAGGAGUUCGACUACAGUGACCCCUAUGACGACCUCUCUGUUUCCACGGUGACCGCAAGUCCGAACGUCACCGAGUACGAGAUUUUGGAAUACGAGGACUACGACAACGACAACAACACGCAUUACUACCACGUCAACGAGUACGAGUACGAGGAGUACGACGACCGGUACGGGCCGGCCGAGAGGGAACGCGAGCACUCUUUUGACACACAGAAUUUACCAGAGAAGGGAGAGAAAGGAGAGCCAGGCCUGCUGGGAGCCGGCACACAGAUUACGGGACCAUAUGGGCCUCCAGGACCUGAGGGAGAGGCGGGGCCUCCUGGGAUCACAGGACCAGUGGGCCCUCGUGGAGACCCUGGAGAGCUGGGUCCUCCGGGGCGGCCGGGCCUCAGUGGAGCCGACGGGAUUCCUGGUCCCCCAGGGAACAUAAUGCUCAUACCGUUCCAGUCGGGUGGCGAUGCGAAGACGGGCGGUGUGGUGGUGUCUGCACAGGAGGCGCAGGCUCAGGCCAUCCUGCAGCAGACCAAGUUGGCCAUGAAGGGACCUCCAGGGCCACUCGGGCUCAGAGGCAGACCUGGACCCCUGGGUGCACCGGGUCCAUCAGGGCUGAAGGGGACCAAUGGUGAGACUGGACCACCGGGUCCUCCAGGACUGUCGGGCAUCCCAGGUCAGAAUGGACGCCCUGGGAAACGGGGUCGGGGGGGAACAGAUGGAGGCCGUGGCGCAAUCGGAGAGACUGGAUCAAAGGGGGACAGGGGCUUUGAUGGGCUGCCUGGUCUUCCUGGAAACAAAGGACAUAAAGGUGACAGGGGGAAGCCGGGCCCUGCAGGUCCUCCUGGAGAGAAAGGUGAAAAGGGCUCCGAGGGGCCGUCUGGGCCCAGAGGACAGCCGGGGGAUCCUGGUUCCAGAGGGCUCAACGGCCCCAGAGGUCGCCCCGGUCCUCCAGGCCAGCCAGGUAUUCGAGGAAUUGAUGGCGUUCAAGGUUCGAAAGGAAACAUUGGGUCGCCAGGAGAACCCGGAGCGCCCGGACAGCAGGGCAACCCGGGAAUCACUGGGUUUCCCGGUCCUCAGGGCUUAGUGGGGCUGCCAGGAGAGAAGGGGCCUCAGGGGAAAAAAGGGAUGCGGGGCUUACCUGGAAACGACGGGCCCCCGGGUCACCCUGGGAGAGAAGGCACUCCGGGCGAGAAAGGGCUGCCGGGCCCUCCAGGAGUCCAGGGGCCUGUCGGAUACCCCGGACAACGAGGAGUUAAGGGAGCAGAUGGAAUCAGGGGACUGAAGGGAAGCAAAGGCGAGAAGGGCGAGGACGGUUUUCCAGGGGCCAAGGGGGAAAUGGGCGCCAAGGGGGACGUUGGGGACAAUGGAGCUGCAGGGGCCCGGGGUGAAGACGGACCUGAGGGGCCCAAAGGCCAGAUGGGUCCUCAAGGCGAGGCUGGCCCUUCUGGUACUGCUGGAGAAAAGGGGAAACUGGGAGUUCCAGGGCUGCCGGGAUAUCCAGGGAGGCAGGGGCCGAAGGGUUCAGACGGUUUCCCAGGUGCUCUGGGAGCUGCAGGAGAGAAGGGGAAGAAAGGUCCUGCUGGGCAGCCAGGGACUGCCGGCCAGAGGGGACCAAAUGGUGCUCGAGGUGCCAGAGGAGCCAGAGGGCCUACUGGGAAAUCAGGAGAAAAGGGAGCCUCUGGACACGAUGGGCCCCCAGGAUCUCCCGGAGAGAGGGGGCCUCAAGGGCCACAGGGAAUGAACGGCGAGCCAGGACCCAAAGGUUUACUUGGUCCGGCUGGAAAAGACGGACUUCCAGGUCAUCCGGGUCAAAGAGGAGAGCCGGGAUUCCAGGGGAAGACGGGGCCGCCGGGACCGUCGGGUGUGGUGGGGCCGCAGGGUAAAUCGGGAGAGUCGGGCCCAAUGGGAGACCGGGGUCAUCCUGGAGCGCCAGGCGUGCCCGGAGAGCACGGUUUACCCGGGGCCGCUGGGAAGGAAGGUGGAAAGGGCGAUCCGGGCUUACCGGGGACCUCUGGGAAGAGCGGUCCUCCGGGCCUGAAGGGGUUCAGGGGGAGCAGAGGAGCGCCGGGAGUCAUGGGACCGCCCGGCCUGAAAGGAGGAUCGGGACCGAACGGGUCUCCAGGAGCCAUCGGGCCGACAGGUGAACGGGGCCCCCCGGGACCCGCCGGGGCCAUCGGACAGCCCGGCCGGUCGGGAGCGAUUGGAGGCCCGGGUCCGAUGGGAGAGAAGGGCGAGCCUGGGGAGAAAGGCCCGAUCGGACCGGCGGGCCAAGACGGGGAUCAGGGACCGGGAGGGAUGCCCGGGGCUACUGGCCCCGCAGGACCUCCAGGGGAUGAUGGGGAUAAGGGAGAGCAGGGAGGACCGGGACAGAAAGGAAGCAAAGGAGACAAGGGGGAAGCGGGACCUCCGGGGCCUCAUGGUACUCAGGGGCCAGUCGGCCAGCCAGGACUUCCAGGUGUGGACGGACUGCUGGGGCCCCGGGGCCAGCAGGGUAUGUACGGUCCCAAGGGAGACGAGGGAUUACGUGGCUUUAAGGGCUCCAGAGGCCCGACGGGAUUACAGGGAAUGCCGGGCCUGCCGGGAGAGAAGGGCGAGAGCGGCCAUGUGGGCCUCAUGGGUCCUCCAGGCCAGCAAGGCCCCACCGGCCCUCAAGGACCCAUUGGGGGACAGGGGCCGGCAGGCCGACCGGGGAUGGUGGGACAGCCGGGGGUCGUCGGUGAGAAGGGAGAGGACGGCGAGGCCGGAGACCCCGGAGCAGUCGGGGUUUCAGGAAGACUCGGAGGGAAAGGAGACCACGGAGAGAAGGGAGACACGGGCCCCCCAGGAGCCGCUGGCCCACCCGGAGCCAAGGGCCCCCCCGGGGAGGAUGGAGCCAAGGGCAACGCUGGUCCCAUCGGUCUGACUGGAGAUCUGGGCCAGCAGGGAGAAGCUGGACCCAACGGAGUCGAUGGCAUCCCCGGUUCUAAAGGAGACACUGGAGACCCCGGAAAAUCAGGACCACCAGGAGCACCAGGCGAGCCGGGACCACCUGGACCUCCAGGGAGAAGGGGCCACUUGGGGAAACCGGGGAAGGAAGGAAAAUCGGGCCUGAAAGGAACGAAGGGGGCUCCGGGACUGGAGGGUCCUGUUGGGAAGAGAGGGCCUGUCGGUGGCCAGGGCCAUCCAGGCAAGCCUGGUCCCCAGGGCUUGAGAGGGAUCCCCGGUCCUGCAGGUGAGCAGGGUUUAAAUGGACCACCAGGCCAGACCGGACCACCCGGCCCCAUGGGUCCACCGGGUUUACCGGGACUGAAGGGAGACCCCGGCAAGAAAGGAGACAAGGGUCACGGUGGUCUGAUCGGGUUGAUCGGACCUCCGGGAGACAUCGGGGAGAAGGGCGACAGGGGGCUGCCAGGAAAUCAAGGGCUGCUCGGCACAAAAGGAGACGAGGGUCCCGUCGGGCCGCCAGGUCCCCCUGGCCCCCCCGGUCCCACCGGUCUGUCUGGCGCUAUCGGAGUGAAGGGCUCAAAAGGAAACCAGGGUCCAAUCGGCCCCAGAGGAGACACUGGACCUGCUGGACCUCCAGGAGCCCCAGGACCGCCGGCAGCUGGGAUGUCACCUCUGCCAGAGCGAGGGAGGAGAAGGAGAACUCACACCUCGGUGGACGGCGCCGCGCUGGAAAACGAGGAGGAGGAGGAGGACGUGAUAGACGCGGGAGCGGAGGAGGAGGACUGGAUGCAGAGCGACCAGGCGGAGCAGGGCUGGGCGAAGGAGAAGGAAGGCCAAGGCAUGGAGGAGGUGUUUGCAUCGCUGUCCUCUAUGAAAGUGGAGGUGGAGGGCCUGAGAAACCCAAAAGGGACGUACCACAGCCCCGCCCGCACCUGCAAAGAGCUCUGGCUGCUCCACCCGGAGCUCCCUAAUGGAGAGUACUGGAUAGAUCCGAACCAGGGCUGCCACAGAGACGCCUUCAAAGUGUUCUGUAACUUCACCGCACAGGGAGAGACGUGUCUGCACCCCGACAAGAAGUUCCAGUCGGUGAAGUUAGCAGCCUGGAAAGGGGAGCAGCCUGGCACCUGGUACAGCCAAUUCAGGAAAGGAAAAAAGUUCUCCUACUCCGGAUUGGACGGCGCUCCAGUGCACGUUGUGCAGCUAAACUUCUUGAAGCUGCUGAGCGCCACCGCCAAGCAGACCUUCACCUAUCACUGCCUCAACUCCGCCGCCUGGCUCCACACUGCCACCUACAGCCAUCAGCACGCGCUGCGCUUCAGGGGCAGCAACGGCGAGGAGCUGACGCACGAGAACGCACACUACAUCAGCGCCCUGUACGACGGGUGUCAGACACGCUCAGGGCAGGAAAGGACGGUGUUAGAAUUUGACGCCCCGCUGUCCAGCACGCUUCCCAUCGUCGAUGUGGCCGUGUCCGAUUUUGGAAACGGGAACCAGAAAUUUGGUUUCCAAGUGGGCCCAAUCUGCUUCAAUGGUUAACCAGGUCAAGGAAGGGAACCCACAAUACUGGAGCAUUUACAUGGGGAAAAAAGAGCCAUGGACACGUUUUCUAUGCAGGGCGAGAACUACAAUCACAACCAUGUAUUUAUGAGUCGGUGCACCAGCAACAGUGUUUUUUCAUUGUUUCAUUCACACAUUCAUGUCACACGUUCUCUCAGCGGACCCACUUGCUUUGGUAUCAAGAGAAGUGCAUACAUGUCUUGACUGUUAACACACACUCAGUGACACUCGUUUCUUUUCUCUCUCUCUCUCUCUCUCUCUCUCUCUCUCUCUCUCUCUCUCUCUCUCUCUCUCUCUCUCUUCUUUCCUCCUUGAAGGAGUAAGUGGUAUUCAUCCAGUUUUCAUUUGUGUUCAUGCAAUUAUUAAUUAAUGCACUCAAUUCCUACCUGUCUGCAGUCACAAGAACGUCCUUCCCAGUGAAUCUUCCUCUAAAAACACUGUAUUUUAGCAGCGUUCAUUCACCACCUCAUUCCGUGACUUCGUCAAACCUCAAUAUGUUGUGUUAUUUUUUUUGUUAUUUUUUUGUUUGUUUGUUGUUGUAAUUUUGUUGUUCUAAUUAUCUGAUAUGUGAUGUAUAUUGGAGUGUAAUUCAUCACGGUGCUAAUGUGUCGCUCCUUACGGAGUGCAUUUCUUGUAAAAGGGAACUGGGGCAGUGCAUUUUUUUUAUAUAUUGUGAAGCCAUGUUUUAUAUUUUUUCAACUUAACAAGCCCAGCUGUGGUAUGAUUGCCUCAAGGUCUUUGUAUGCAUAUUUGUGCGGGGAAGUGACUGAUUAACAUAUUUUAAUAAAAGUACAUUAUGUACAUUUAAGUUAUUAUGACAUUUUGUUUUAUUGAAAUCAUUUGAUGAAGACGGGAGGGGAUGCUUCCAUCUCCUGCUACUUCCAAACCCGAAUGAAACCCUCUUAGUUAUGCUCUAUUUAAGUCUCCACUUUCAUAAUGCAUG